AUGGAGAGGCGCCUCACGGUCCUGCAGGUGAGCCUGCACCACCCCACGCUCGGCCCGGCCGCCUUCGCCAGCGUGCCGCCGCGGCUGCAGCAUGAUACCAGCCGGCUGCUUGUCGGCCGGGGGCAGGACGCCCACCUCCGGCUGCAGCUCCCCAACCUCUCCCGCCGACACCUGUCCCUGGAGCCCUACCUGGAGAAGGGCCGCACCCUGCUGUCCUUCUGCCUCAAGUCCCUGAGCCGCAAGAGCUGUGUGUGGGUCAACGGACUGAGGCUGUGUUAUCUAGAGCAGGUGCCCCUGAGCCCAGUCACCAGGGUCUGCUUCUCCAGCAUCCAGAUGGUGGUCCGCUUGGAGGAAGGCACCUCCCUCAAGGCUUUUGUCUGCUGCUUCCAUCUCAGCCCCUCGCCCCUAAUUUACAGACCCGAGGCGGAGGAGACCGACGAAUGGGAAAGCAUCCCCCAGGAGCAGCCUCCCCCGGGUUCAGGGGAGCAGACUCCAGGUCACCUGGGCUUUCUCCACAGCCCUCCCCACACUCAGGACAGCCCUCUCCAGCCCAGCCCUGGAGGAGGAACAGAAAUAUAG